AUGGUUUUGUCUACAUCGACUGGAGAUGCUGGCCUCAGGAAACUUAACCUUGGCAUAGCUUUUAUGCUAGCUGCUUCUGCUACUUCCGGAUACAAUGCCAGCCAGAUUAACAGUCUCCUUGUGCUUCCAGAGUUCAACAAGUUCUUGAGUGGGCUCGACACAAACGUCAAAGGCCUCAUCAUUGCUGCCGUCUCUCUUGGAUCUUUCUUAGCCUUCAUUCCCGCUUCAUAUGUUGCCGACAAUUUCGGCCGACGUCUUUCCGUUGCCAUCGGUUCCACGCUAGUCAUAAUAGCAUCAAUCGUCCAAGUAGCUGUUAAGCAGCACUGGGUAUUUUUCGGUGCCCGAGUGGUGACUGGAAUAGGUGUGGGAUUCUCACAAACGGCUGCACCGUUGCUGAUUGCAGAAACUGCUCAUCCGCGGCAGCGAAGGACGCUCACUGGUCUCUAUAAUGCUGUCUGGUUUUGCGGGUCUAUCACAGCCGCGGGUGUUGCGUUCUCCACACUGUCUAUUCAUAAUGACUGGUCAUGGCGGGUUCCAUGCAUGCUGCAGGUCUUCUACCCUCUUUUCCAGCUGACGGGCCUGUUCUUCGUUCCGGAGAGUCCGAGAUGGCUUGUUGCAAAGGAUCGCAAAGCGGAUGCAUUGGCUAUGCUCACUCAAUACCAUGCAAACGGUGAUCCGACUGAUAAACUGGUCCAUGACGAAUAUGAUCAAAUCUGCAGCAGUAUCAGCGCCGAAGCGGACAUGCAGUCAGCCAGUCGCUGGUCUACCUUCCUCAAAACCAAAGGCGAUCUUCAUCGCCUGGCGAUAUGUAUUUUGCUGGGCUUCAUGCAAGAAUGGACGGGAAACGGUGUCACUUCCUACUACCUCCCUCCAAUUCUUGCAUCUGUCGGCAUCAAAGACGCCGUUCAUCAAGCAGCGGUCAACAUUAGCCUCCAAGUGUGGAACUUAAUAUUUGCCGUCGCCGGAGCAAGCACAUCUGACAAAUACGGACGCCGAACCCUCUGGCUCAGCGCAACAACCCUGAUGCUGAUAUUCCUAUCAACAUCUGAAAUCAUGGCCGGACUGUUCGCACAAAUGAAUGUAUUGGCAGCCGGAAUCGCAGUGGUUCCGAUGCUGUUCCUCUUCUGUUCAGCCUACGACUUUGCAUAUAUGCCCCUAUUCAUCGCCUACCCAGCCGAAAUCCUCCCCUUUCAGCUUCGCGCCAAGGGUCUUGCUAUCACGCUUACGACGGACUCUUUGGCGUGCUUCUUCAAUCAAUAUGUCAACCCGGUGGCAUUUGAUGCUCUUCGCUGGAGAUACUUUUCCAUUUAUGUUGGUUGCCUGGUGGUCGUGUUGGCGCUUGUCUAUUUGUUCUUCCCGGAGACUCAGGGUAAGUCUCUGGAGGAGGUGUCGCGGAUCUUUGAGAAGGAGGAGGUCGUUGAGGGGGGAAGCCCCACAGACUCGGAGGGAUCGCAGGAGUUUUACAUGAUGAAGUCUGAGAUGUAG